GAAGCCAACUCGGCUAGUUGUCAAAUUAGCAAAAGCUGACUAGCCAGCUAAUGUAUUGGUGGGAGACCAGUGUCAGUGGUUUUCUGAAUAGAGAGCAAAUUUGGGUUUUAUCAUGGUGUUUCCACUGUAGAAAACACUUUAAACGACACCCCAAGGGAUUUCACCCCACACUUUCCUCUUGUUCGAGCGCAUAAACAAGGUGUGAAUGACCGACGUGGUGUCCCCCACUGCGCUCAGCGAAGUCCAGCUCCGCCUCCUCUGCCACGAUGACAUAGGCAGCGUCAAGCUGCUGUGCGGCGAUUGGUUCCCCAUCGAGUACCCAGACUCAUGGUAUAAUGACAUCACAUCCAACAAGAAGUUCUUCUCCCUCGCCGCCAUUUUCAAGGGAGGCAUCGUGGGAAUGAUCGUAGCUGAGAUCAAGGGCCGGACCAAAGUACACAGAGAGGUACUGGUGCUGGGGUAGAGAUGGUCCUGACUGACUGACAGUACACA